AUGAGCCCAGCCCAGGACCUCCGUAAAGUGACAAGAUGGCUAGGAAGUCCCAUAGUCCGUAUCUACGUAGGCUCCUCAUCUCAAGAAUUCGCCGUCCAUAAAGAUCUCAUGUGUUACACCUCCCCCUAUUUCCGGGCCGCUUUCACAUCUGGAUUCCAGGAGACAAAUACAGGGACCAUUGAACUCCCCGAAACAAAUACAGAAAUCUUUGAUUUAUUCAUGGGCUGGUUGUAUACUCGGGAACUCAGUAGCUCGAGCCUGGAAAUUGAAGAGUGGGAGACAGAAGCUCAGCGAAAAGUAGUAGAGGAGAGUACAUUAGGUAUUGGAGAUUCCCUCGAAAGAAGCGAGAAGAAUAAUUACAGUGAAGAAGAUCCAUUAAAAAGCAACGAAAAAAUUAAGAAAAGAAUCAAGGCACUCAUGGACGCUAUCGAAAACGAAACGUGGAAAGGCGAGGCGGAGACACUUUUCGAAGAUGCGAUCGGAAAAGAGUUCCUCGACACUCUCGCUGCCCAAAUCGACAAGAGAGUCAACGAGAAAAUCCACUUUUCCAUGAGAAAAAUACUAGAACUCUAUGUUUUCGCAGAUAUGGUUCAGAUACCCGCUCUUAAGAAUUGCUGUAUCGUAAAGUAUGAAGAGUUUCGUAGGAGUAUCAAAAAUCGAUGUGACGGUCAUGAUCGUGAUGAUUUCGAGAAGACUCUCGAUUCAAUCUCAUACGUGUGGCAAAAUACCAUGGAUUCGGAUUUGAUUAGGGUGUAUUUACUUGAUUCGGUAUCGUGGAGAUCGGAACCGAGUAUUCGGAAUGGAAUAAUCAGAAAGAGGGAUCGCGGUGGUCCGGUGAAUGAUUUGAAGAGGUAUUUUGAGAGGGUGGAUGAAGAUUUCGAUUCUUAG